AUGGCCUCCGAAAGUCAUCUACCAAUUAUUGAGCCUGAGGAUAGUCCGAUAUCGGCUAUUCCACAGUCAGAGCCCGCAGCCGCCGAAGAAAAUAGGAGGUUGCGCGUCUGCAUGUUAGAAAUGUGGGACGCUUGGUCUAAUGGCAAAGAACCGCCCAGUAUAAUCCCCGGAUUUCCUGAACUGCUUCCUAGGACGAGUGGAACCUCCAAUGUCCCCAUCCCCGUAACUAACCCAUUUAUCCCGUUUGGGUACCCCACUAUAUCGGCCAAUUUCACCGGUAUGCCUUCUGAGGUUCGCCCCCAGGCACCGUUUUCAGAGGCACCUUCUACAUUAUUCACCGCACCACCAGUCUCUACUACGGCACAGCCAACAGUUCCCAAGUCAUGCUUCGAGCCUUCAGCUUUCACUUUUCAAGUCCCGCAAUUUCAACUAGACAAUGCUCAUGUUACCCCAAACUCUUACCCUCAGCACCCGCAGUUUGAGUCUCCUAUGGAACAGGAAAGAGCUUUGAGAAACCCCAAGCAAGAAGAGAUGGUUCGGAAGAUAAAAAGCCUCGAACAAACUCUGAAGAACAUGCAAGACCUGAGUGGCCAAAAUAGUGUCUCAUACUCCGAUCUGUGCAUGUUUCCUCCUGUUCAUUUGCCCGUUGGCUUUAAAAUGCCAAAAUUCAAAAAGUACGACUGGCACGGAGACCCGAUCGCUCAUUUGAAAAGAUAUUGCAAUCAGCUGAAAGGGGAAGGUGGAAAAGAAGAAUUUUUGAUGGCCUAUUUCGGGGGAGAGCUUGACGGGAAUUGCGUCAGAAUGAAGAAAAUCGCGGAAAGCUUCCGUGAAUAUGCUAUCAAGUGGCGUGAGCAAGUAGCCAGAGUGAAACCGCCUAUGGAUGAGACAGAAAUGGUCAAUGUUUUCUUACAGGCCCAAGAGGCCGAUUACUUUCAGAACAUGAUGUCUGUCAUGGGCAAACCUUUUGCAGAGGCCAUAAAAAUCGGAGAAAUGGUAGGAAAUGGCCUGAAAACUGGCCGAAUCAUAAGUCAAUCUGCUUUGAGAGCCACCUCCCAAGCCAUCCAGAGCGGCUCGGGAGGUUUAGCAAAUCGAAAGAAGAGGGAAGAAGGAGCCAUGAUGGCUUCAGGUUUGAGAGGCCCCCAUCGAUCCCGCGAUCAUUCUUACCUGCCUUCCAGAACCCCACAACACUACUACCUCCAUCAAGAUGCAGCAUAUACCGUGGCACCGCCUCCCUAUGCGAUGGGUCUAUUGCAACUUGUGCCUCCAAAUUGGCAAAAUCCAAAAUCUGCAUCAUACCGGCCCGGUACCAGGUGUGCCUAUCAUUCGGGGGCAGAGGGGCAUGAUACGGAGGAUUGUUGGACUCUCAAGAGGGCCGUUGAGAAUUUGAUAGAACAAAAACGAGUGGUGCUGAGAGACGAGGAAGUCCACAAUGUGACUAACAAUCCAUUACCGGCCCACAAUAAUGGGCCGGUCAUUGGAAUGAUUUGUGAUGAUAAAGAGUUUUAUCCAGCUUUGAAAGUUAUCAUCGCCAUUGCUGAUUCAGAGGCAAGACCUAAAGCGGCGGCGAAACAAGCCAGAAAUGAGAAGAAAAUCACUCCAACUCCUCAAGUUGCAGAAAAGGCUGUGGAAACAAAUACUGGGGCAGCACCUGCUAAGGACGCAAUUCUCUAUGUUCCUAGAGCCCCAAGGAAAGAACAACUCAUAUUGAACACUCCCAAAAUAUUUGAGCAGAGGAAAGUCACGUUAAAUGUGCCGAAGUUGUAUGUGCCAAAAGGGACUUAUGUGGCGCGGGGGCCGAUAAUUUUACCAAGGCUGACUGAGCCCGUGGUUAUUAGUCGUGCACCACAGAGCCCUAUGAGAGGCCCCACUGCAGUCCCCUGGAAUUAUAGCAAAACAAUGGUUACUUAUAAGGGGAAAGAGAUUAUGGGAGAGGUGAACGAAAUGAACCAACCUAGGAAUUACCACAACCUAGAAGAGCAAAAGAUGUUAAAACUGAGCAAGGAUAAAUGGUUUCCGCCUAAGAAGCCUGUGUGCGCUGAGGAAGCAGAAGAGUUUUUCCGAAAAAUGAAAACUUCGAAAUAUGCAAUAAUUGACCAGCUCAGGAAUACUCCUUCCCAGGUUUCAUUUUUAUCUCUAUUUUUUAGCUCAAAUGAACAUCAGAAGGUACUCCUGAAGACAUUGAAUGAGGCAUAUGUCCCGGUUGAAAAUUCAGUUGAACAACUGGAGUGA